UGGAGAAGAGAGAGUGUAUGUGGGCAUGCAAGUGAGAAUCAAGGGAAGGAGUGACAGGCAAGAGGGAUAGAAAAGCCAAGUGCUUUUACUCAUCUUACCACUGAUACACUCCCCACAAACACACACACUGAAGGAACUACACCCACAACCUCUACUAAAGCAGUGAGCUGUUACACGUGGGUGUGUGUGUGCGUGUGUGUGUGUGUGUGUGUGUGUUUCCUGCGCUUGGAGCAACAGAGGGGAUCUCUGAGGAUACACGGAUGAGAAAGAGGAGUGGGGGAAGCCAAGGAAGAGGAGCCCGAGUGUCUUUCGCCCCAGGGGGAGCUCACACACACCAUAGACAGCACACACACGCCAUCGGGCACUCUGCACUGUUUCCCUGACAACUAGAAUGGGCUGCAAUUUGUGCACCUUGCAGAAACGGGAGGAACACUACAAACUGCUGUAUGAGAUUGCACAGGUGAACGGGCGCAACUUCUCCAAGGUCGACCAUGAUGAGGCAGUGGUGGAGGCCAUCAGGCGAGACCCCAUCGUUGUCCAGGUUCUCCGGCGAACACCUACAAGUGCAACGGCCGCUCCUACACAUAACCACAGCUGGACGCCAGAGGACGUGUGUGUGGUGGAUGUUUGCACGCAAACGGACAUCACCUUCGAGCACAUCAUGGCACUGGCGAAGCUUCGGCCUACCACUCCGCCCGUCCCUGACAUCUGUCCCUUUCUUUUGUCCGACAGUUGUCAUUCCAUCCACACCAUGGAGCAUGAGUUUUAUGAAUGUCCAGAGUACCUGUCCAAUAUCCCAGCAGAGGUGGAGAGGACUGAAGAGUAUGAGUAUGAGGAAGUGGAGCUGUUCAGGCAGAAUAGCCAAGAGAAGCUUGGCUUGACGCUGUGCUACAGGACUGACGAUGAGGAGGACACCGGCAUCUAUGUCAGCCAGGUGGAGCCAAACAGCUUAGCAGCAAGAGAUGGACGCAUCAAGGAAGGAGAUCGUAUUCUACAGAUAAAUGGCUGUGAAGUGCAAGACAGAGAGAAAGCUGUUGCCUUGUUAUCAAGUGAAGAAGCAAGGAGCAUCAUACUACUGGUGACAAGACCAGAACUCCAGUUGGAGGAAGAGGUAUGGCUGGAUGACGAUCAACAGGAGCUCGUGGAGGAACUGAAGAUAGAGAUCCUGGAGGAGAGGAGGACGCAGAAGGAACGUAACUUUGACAGGGGAGAUGAGCAUCUAGCUGAAGAAGAGAUGACAACAGACACAGCUACCUGUUCCUCCAACAAUCAAGACAAAGACAGUGGGUUUGGACGCAGUACAGACAGUCCAGAGCAUCAACCACUUCUGGCUGGACUCCACAGGCGAACCCCAGCCCAUUGUCUGAGGGAGCGAUGGCGGGCCGAGCAUCCACACACAAGACGAGGGACUGUAGUGCCACAGGACACCCAGGGUCCGAGGACAUUGUCCAAAGGCCAAGGCCAGGAAGGGGUAGCCAGUAAUCGCAAUGGUGGAGGCGCGAUCCUAGGUUUAGAGAAUCGCUUUCAGCAACUCCUGGAACUUAAGUGUCAAAUUCGGAAUGGAGACGAGUGUGGGGUGUACUCCAUUCGACACAGUAUAGAGUGUAGUCUCACAGAGCAAGGAGUGGACGGAGAUGGCGAAGAUGGCAUUAGAGGAGGGAAUGGAGUGGAGCAGGAGUUGAGGAUGCUAAAUGAGGAACUGUGCAGCAUAGAGCUCGAGUGCCAGAGUAUCAUGCAAGCGCAUCAGCUCCGCCAGAAUCAGCUAAACCCCUCCCAACCGGCAUCGUGCUCACCAGGACGGAGCCCUAAAGACGGACACAAGAGGCACGGCAGGUUGGCCGACAUCCAUGAAUACCCAGAGCGGUCGGACAACGACAGGAUCCGAGAGAAGGACAGCUCCAGUGCCUACAACACGGCAGAGAGUGCAAGGUCGACACCGCUAGGUAUGGAGAGAUCGCCUGAUCAUUCUCUGCAGAGGCGCAUCGACUUCACCAACCAGAAAAACCUCAGAAUGGCUUCCUCCUGUCCCAUUGCUAUUCCAAAGCCGCAGGAUACACCCAGUUGUAGCAGACCAGCAGACCCAGGCUCUGUUAUCUCCAGCAGCCCAGACCAGAGCAACCCUUCCCGGUCCGAGUCGGACCCUGCCCUGCCUGCAGACGAUGAGAGGUGUGAAAAGAAAUGGAGGAGCAGAGAUUCCAGGAGGGGGCUUCCCUAUGGUGCCUAUCAGACAACCCCUUAUCAAGGCCAGGGAGGAUCCAGGCAACUGCAGAGCUACAUGCAGCUGCUACAACAGCACUCAUCCCUGGAGUAUUCCCAGAGCCAGCUGAGUCUGCUCAGUGUCUGUCGAGAUCCCGUGCACCGUAGCGGACGCCCUGGGGAACCCCGUCUAGAGUGGAAGGUCAAAGUUCGGGCUGAUGGCACGCGCUAUGUGGCCCGGAGGCCUGCUCGUGACCGCAUCCUGAGGGAGCGGGCACUAAGGAUAAGAGAGGAGAGGAGCGGAGGUAUGACUACAGAUGACGAUGCUAUGAGCGAGAUGAAGAUGGGCCGCUACUGGAGCAAAGAGGAGAGGAAGCAACACUUGGCGCGGGCCAGGGAGCAAAGAAAGAGGAGGGAGUUCAUGCAAAAGAGUCGCCUCGAUUGUCUAAAGGAGGGCCCAGCCAGUGGAGCUGAGGGCAGGAAGGAGAUCAAUAUUUUGGAGCUCAGUCAAAAAAAGAUGAUGAAGAAACGAAACAAAAAGAUCCUAGAUAACUGGAUGACCAUCCAAGAGCUGAUGAGCCAUGGGGCCAGAGUCCCAGAGGGUUCAAAAGUACAUAGCGCCUUCCUAUCUGUCACAACUGUCUAGCGGACACACAGUAAUGCAUAUUUCUAAGUACUGAACAGUUUCAGAUCAGGUAGCCUGCAUUUCAGGAACUACUGAUUUAUGGAAAUAGUGUCCGUUUGUGAAAUUCAAUUAGAAAAGUCAUUGCUGAGGACUUCUGUAGCAUUCCUAUGGCAACUUUGUAACUAUCACUUUACGAAUGUUUGAAUAGUUCUUUAACUCUAUCAUCACAAGACCUCAGCCAUUCAAAACCUUUCACUGUUUCUACACUGGCAUUUUGCUAAUGGACUUGCUUCUGAAAGCAAAUUAUUUUCGUAGCAUAUUGGUUCAAACUGAUUCACUGAAAAGUGCAGAACCAACACAAUAACUUCAUGUACACUACUGUAUGUAUUGUCAUUCCAUACUCCAUAUUCUUGUGUUUCAUUGCAUAUGAAGCGACUUCACGUGCCUCGUUCAAAGUGGCAUUUUUUAUAAUGGGGAAAUUACAAUAUUUUUCACACUUUGUAAGCUCAGUAACUUUUUGUAAGGAAUUUUUUACACUGAAUGUCAAUGUACCCUUAAACAUUUUAUUGUUAUUUCUUAUUUAUGUUUGUAUCACUUAACCAUCAUGGUCAGAGUUGACACUAUUUGAUUGUACUGUAGCCUGCAUUGUAUGCCAGACCAACACAAAGAGAAAUUAGAAACUCUGUGAAUUCCCUUAACUCAUCUCAUAAAACACUAUUUUCAUUGUGUUGAUAAUGUCAGUUGAGUCAGAGUUGUCUGAAAAAUCUAAAGCACUGAAGAUGUAUGCUGUUUCAAAAGCUCAUAUUGUUCAUGAGCUGUUUUACCUCACCUCACAGUCAAAACUUUGAAGAGGUUGAAUACCCGGUUAAUUUAAUCGCUGACUUAAAUUGCCCUUGAGUCAACCCUAAACCCUUACUAUGAACCAUAAAUGUGUGAAUUAUGUUUAAAAUGUUAAAUAGAUUCAUAUUUAUAUUGUUUACUGUUAUUUCUAUUUAUUGUAAAUUAAUUUUUAUGGUCCGUCUGAUAAAUGUUUCACAUUAAGUGAAAGGGAAGUCAAGAAAAUGUAUCAUAUUGCAGCCUUUCAAUUCAAACCUGCUGCUUUUCACUGUAAAGUUCAUUGAAGAGGCCUUGAGUUCAGUAUUUGUUGGUGAUAUUUGUAAUAAAACAAUAAUGAUAAAAAGAAAGAUUAAGAAAAAAAUCUAUUCUUUUAACAUUCUUCUUGUGUCACCACUUUGCCCUGGACUAAA